UUUACAUAACAAUCGAGUAUCUUUGACAAAACCCGUCAGACUAGAGGACCGGGGCACUACAGAGAUGUAUAAACAUAUCGAUAGAAGAAAAGCUGGACGUAAAUAGCGUCUCAUAAACAUUUCAAUGUCAUAAUGUCGCUAAAACAGUAUGUGGCGGACACACCGGAGGAGAGGAGCGCCUUCUUUAUCGGCGCUGACGGGGACAAUAAUGUCUCUGAAGCGGAGGACGGCCACCGUGAACUUAUACUUCAGAAAGGCAACGCUUUAGCAUCCGAGGACUGCCUAAAGGAGGCUAUUGACUGGUUCUCCGCGGCGAUGCGCUACGGCCCUGUGCGUCCGGAGCAGCUAAGCACUUUUGUGGAUUGUAUCCUCCGCAACUUCAAGAGGAAAGCGGCCGGGUCAGAUGCCUCCACGGGCCGGAGUCGAGACUCCGAGUCGGGAGGUGUGGACGCGUUGUUGGACUGUCCCAGCUGUCUCUGCUUCCUGGACGAGCCGGUCACCCUAGCCUGUGGACACUCGUACUGUAGAAGGUGUUUACGUAGACGGCUCGUCCUCAAAUGUAAGCUGUGCGGCGAAGCCGUCGCCGGCAAGGAGAAAGUGAACGUAACCCUAUGUGGACUUUUAGAGAAAUGGUUUCCCGGCGAGCUGAAAGAGUGGAAAAAAUUACGCGAAGUGGAUUCUCUGUGUAAAAGAAAACGCUACAGAGAAGCUGUGUCGCUAGCUAGCGAAGUUCUGCACUCAGAUCCACACAUGACUGUAGCUCGACUGUCUCGGUGUGAAGCGUACACCGCUCUGGGGCAGUACCGGCUGGCCUUGGAGGACACCGAGUUCUGCUGCAGGUCCAGCUGUCAGGCUGAAGCACUCUUCAGGAAAGCUACGGUGCUGCAGAAACUGGGUCAGGUGGACGAGUCUCUCCAAGUCUUCCUCCACUGCUUGACUGUUAAUGAGGACUUCCCAGGUGCUAAGAGACACGUGGAGAAGAUUUUGUGCGACCUGCUUUCUCCAGCUGAUGAGAACGUGAAAGUCGGCCUGAGAGAAACGACGCAGAGCACGCUGCCUCACCUACGCACUAAAACUCUUGUAGAAAAUGCUUCCGUGGAGCCACAGAGCCCGGUUCAGAGACGGCACCAGCACCGGGUCUGCGCCGCCUCUGCCCACCACACAGACAGCCAGGAGAAACUGUGCGAAAGCCCAGAGCGCCCCGGUCUGAGCCGAGCCCAGUCGCUGCGAAUGCACGGCUCCAGCAGUAUGGAAGAAGGGCUAAAGAGAGUUAGUUCAGCUCCUCAGCUGGGCGAUCAAGACAAGGGAAGCCUGCUGAAGAGGAAGCUGUCUGUGUCGGACGUGGAGGCCUACCUGGUGGACAGUGGGAGUAGCAAAUAUAAAAAACAAGGUCAGCUCCCGGCCUUCACCGUCACUCCUAACGGCACAAUAAUGAGAUUAAUCCUUAAUCUUUGCUUCUGGAUGACUUCAGGUUGGACAAAAGGCUCCAAACACCAAACAGCCAAAGCGAAACCCUGCAGACAAGUUCCCGAGGAUCUGCUGGACCCCAACGACUUGGAGUGUUCCCUCUGCAUGAGAUUGUUUUAUGAGCCGGUGUCUACACCGUGUGGCCACACGUUCUGUAAAAACUGCCUGGAGCGCUGCUUGGACCACACCCCCCAGUGUCCCCUCUGCAAGGAGAGUCUGAAAGAGUAUCUAGCAUUCAGGAAGUACACAGUGACAGCAGUGUUGGACACGCUAAUUAAGCAGCACCUGAGGCAUGAGCAUGAAGAGAGGUUUAAAACCCACCUGGAGGAGAACCAGGAGCUUUCCGACCUGAUGAAGAAUGUGCCUGUUUUUGUUUGUACCAUGGCUUACCCAACUGUGCCUUGUCCUCUGCACGUCUUUGAGCCUCGUUAUCGCCUCAUGAUUCGCCGCUGCAUGGACACGGGCACGCAGCAGUUUGGGAUGUGCAUUAGUGAGCCUGAAAAGGGGUUUGCAGAUUAUGGCUGCAUGCUGAUCAUCAGGAGCGUCCAUUUCCUCCCUGACGGACGAUCUGUGGUCGAUACCGUCGGAGGAAAAAGGUUCCGAGUCUUGACCAGAGGAAUGAAGGAUGGCUACAACACUGCAGACAUCGAACACUUGGAGGACAACAGGGUGGUGGACAGAGAAGUCCUGGAAAAGCUACAAGAUCUGCACGACGCCGUGUACGAACAGGCCCAGGUCUGGUUCCAGAACCUGAAGAUCCGCUUCCACAAUCAGAUUCUGCAGCACUUUGGACCAAUGCCAGAGCGAGAAGCUGACAUCCAGGCGACUCCAAACGGUCCGGCGUGGUGCUGGUGGCUGCUGGCCGUGCUGCCCAUAGACCCCCGGCACCAGCUCUCUGUCCUCUCCAUGACCAGCCUCAAAGACCGCCUGGUGAAGAUCCAGCACAUCCUGACAUAUCUACAGAACAUCCCCAGCAACUAGCGCUUCCCCUCAACAACUGUCCCUCUGGAAAACCAUCAGUCUGCUUCUGAAUACUUGCAGCAUUUUCACAUUUACAGGCACACACCCUGCAAGCACCUUUCUGUGUGUGAAACACACCAGAUCAGUAAAAACCAGAGAAGUGGUCGAACCCUCUCAGGAUGGAUUUUGGUCACAAUGCACUUAGUCUUCAGAACUCCCUUCAUGAUGUAGGGGUUGGAGAGCUGGCUCUAGAGUUUUCCAGUAUUAAUUGGCUUUGGUCAGAAAGAAAAAUGAGUUUUCUAAAUGCUGAAAGCCUAAAAAGGAGAUGGCAAAAUGCCACAUCAUCAUUAUUAUCAUUAUUAUUAUUAUUAUUAUUAUUAUUAUUGUACUUCACUUCCAGGUUUAGAGGAGCAGUUGUGAGGGAACCUGAAAAGUGCAACAAAAGGCUGGUUUAUCUAAAUGUUUGUGAUGAAAGUAUUACUCCUGGAACAUUUUCUUAUGUUUUUGCUUGAAACGCACAACUUCCAUUGCUGCCACCAAGUGGCGAACGACCCAUCGCUUUUACUUCCUGUCUUUUGUUUACUUUUGACUUUCUUCCAAGUUCUCAAACACACUUUUUUGUUUAAGCUAACCAUCUCAUGACAACCUCAGGGUUGGCCCUUCCUUCCCUUUCUGGUUUUCCCCACGUUUCUGCUCAUUUCUAAACAAAUUCCAGUUGAAGUGGAAAUAUUUCAGUUCAUCUCCUAUUUAUUCUAAAUGAAACCGAAUUAAUUUAUGAAGUGUAACAGUGCUGAUUUUGACUUUGUUUCUGGAAUACUAAGCUGCGUUAAUCUGACAAGUCAAAACCAGUAAAUCUAUCAAGUAUCUGAGAUGACGUCUAGAUAAAUAGCUGCUGCAGGCCCCUUACUGUGACUUUAAUAAGAUACAUCAACUUGGUUGCAAUUCCUUGUUUUUUUGCAUGACUUUUGAAAACGUUGUCUAUGAAAAAUCAAAAUUUGAUGAAAUGGAGAUAAUUUUUGGACAAGUCCUGCUUUUUGCUAAAAUGUUUUAAGUUAUCAAUUUGCAAUAAUAAAUGCACAUUUUUCAGUAUUA